AUGCCAUCCGAAGCCCAGCAAAAUGAGGCAAAGCUUCCGCAGCCAUGGAAGGAAUGGCAGGCGGAGCUUGAACCCGGACAAGAAGUUCGCGAGGGCACUCUCAUCUUGCUGAGCAAUGACGCCGACACGAACACGUCCAGUGGUCAGAGCGGCAACCACGGCACAACCGCUCUGCAGAAGAAGAUUGUGGAUCUGAAUGCCGCAAAAGAAAAACCAACACUUGACGAUAAGAAAGACGAGGCUUAG